CUUGUACGAAAAACUGAAAAUAGGCUAUGGCAAUGGGUCAUGAAUUUGAAUGUCCUAAUAAAGAAAAUACAGCAAAUAAAUACUCGUAAAUAAAUAAACUAAAGGGGUCGGGUGGGGACAAAUUUUCUAUAUCAUAGGUUUAAAAAAACAAUCAACAUAACCCCACGGCCCCAUUAUCCAUCACACGGCACCCCCCUUCCAAUCUAUCUCGCCUCCUUCAUGCCUUUUUAUUUAUUUUUAAUAUAUUCUUUUAUUUUAUUUUCAUUAAAAAAAUUAAAUUACAAAUUAACAUUCGAGUAUUUGACCACCCGGCCCUUAUAUAUACCCCCAACCCCUCCCUCCUAAACCCACAUUUAUUUUCUCCAAAUUGUCAAACUCUAAAAUACUACUCCAUCCAUCUUUCAAAAUAUCAAGUUUUAUAUUAUAUAUCAAACCAUAUAUUGUACGAGUAUUAUUCAUUUUCAUUGAUCAUCAUGGUUGUAGCUUCUACAAACCCUCUAAAGAGGAGCAAGAAAACCAAGGCAGUUGGAGUGCCAACCAUUGAUCUUUCUCUUAUACACAAAGAUAGGUCCACCUUAAUAGACCUCAUUGUUGAGGCCUGCGAAGAUUUCGGCAUUUUUAAGGUCAUUAAUCACGGUGUUUCCUCCGAUGUCAUUUCCUCCCUCGAAAGACAAGGUCUCGACUUCUUCGCUAAGCCCACACCGGAGAAACACCGUGCUGUGGGUCCCACCGUCCCUAAACCCUUUGGCUAUGGCUUCCGUAACAUUGGCUCCAAUGGUGACGUUGGGGACCUUGAGUACCUUCUCCUUCACGCUAACAUCUCUUCCACUCAUCCACCUCUUUUCAGUGACGCGGUAAAUGAUUACGUGGAGGCGGUAUCAGAUUUAUCAUGCUCGUUACUAGAUCUGAUGGCUGAGGGACUGUGGGUCCAAGACAAAUCUAUAUUUAGCAGAUUAAUCAGAGACUCUCAAAGUGAUUCACUCCUAAGACUCAAUCACUACCCUGCCCUUAAAAAUUGGGACUCUUUUAUCAAUGGUGAACGCAUUGGAUUUGGAGAGCAUUCUGACCCUCAGAUCUUAACCAUCUUGAGAUCCAACGACAUUGCUGGCCUUCAGAUUUGUACCCCUGAUGGUUUGUGGCUUCCUGUUCAACCUGAUCCCAAUGCCUUCUAUGUUAUGGUGGGGGAUGCCCUUCAGGUAUUGACGAAUGGGAGAUUUGGAAGUGUGAAACAUAGAGCAAUGGCGAAUAGUUCGAUAAGCAAGGCAAGAAUGUCGAUGAUCUAUUUCGGAGCACCACCAUUGAAUGCAACAAUCUCGCCAAUAAAAGAGAUGGUGUCACCAUUGAAUCCAAGCCUAUACAAGCCUUUUACAUGGGGAGAAUAUAAGAGAGCAAUGCAUGCUUCAAGACUAAGUGAUUGUCGCCUCAACCAAUUCAAGAGACGCAAUGAUCAAUGAUUUUAAUGAAAAACUUUAGAUUAAAUAUAAAAUAUAAAAAUAUAAUAUAUUAUAUGGUCUGUCCAUCCAAUUUUCUAGUUUAGUAGGAGUAGUUUAUAAAGUUGGACGUACAACUUACAAGAUGGGAAAGGAAGGGAAAAAAGAAAUUUCCAUUUUUGGUACUGGCAUUCAUCCGUCCAUCAUCAUAAUUAUUAUUAUUAUAAUUAUAAUUAUUAUGACCUUAGCUUGUGGUGGGCUAGUAGCGAGCUAGUUGGAUAGAGACACUUGGAAAAGCAGAAAAUGAUGUAUAUAAUCAUGGUUUUUUCUUUUUUUUUUUUUUAAUUUUUAGGAGCUGAAAUUAAUGGAGGGUGAUCUCAUUUUUUAGUUUAAGAAUUGCAAAUUAUUUGCGUGGAUGACACCUUCCAUUAUUUUAUUUUAUUUUAUUUAGUGUAAUGUAGGCCAAUGUCUUAAUUAAGCAAAGUAUAUCUAUUAGAAAGUCUUUCAUUGAAUUUUUCAUGUUUUGAUUUGCUUUGCUUGUGGGAGUAUUUAUAUUAUAUGCGUAUAAUUAUUGGUACAAUCCCGAU